AUGGGAGGAAUAAGCAGUCGGAUGCCAUGGUGGCUUGGUGGAAGACGUGCCCCAGAGCAGCCAGGGGCCGAUGGGGAGGAGGUGGCUGGGGCAGCUGCAGCAGCGGGUGACGAGGUGGAGGAAGACAGUGAAGAGGCCGGACCCUCCACCAGUCAGGGCGGCUUCAAACGAAAGAUGGACUCAGGAAGUCCUCACACAGAAGGGCGCCUCCGGAAGCGCGCCAGAGGCAUUUCACCUUCCAUUUAUGAGAAACUCUUCCUCAUGGGGGAAGGCAGCGAUGUGCAGAUCCGUGCACUAGGGGAGGUGUGGAACUUGCACAAGGUCUACUUGUGCCAGUCUGGAUACUUUGCGAGCAUGUUCAGUGGUGCGUGGAGGGAAGCAACCAUGAAUACCAUAGACUUGCAGAUGCCUGAUGAGAACAUUGACAGUGAGGCCCUGCACGAGGUUUUAGGAUCCCUGUACCAAAGCUCCGUGCUCAUUCCACCCAGGCACGUUGUGUCCAUCCUGGCCACAGCCUGCAUGCUGCAGCUGGAUGAGCUGAUUCAGCAGUGUGGGGAAGUCAUGGAGGAGACUGUCACUGUCUACACCGUAUGCAGCUACUACCACUCUGCUGAGAGCUAUGGCCUCCCAAACAUCAGGACCCUGUGCUUCCAGUGGCUGCUGGACAAUCUGAUGACUCACCACUGUGAGGAGCUAUUAUUACGACAAGUCAGCCCAGAUAUCAUGAAAGAGCUCAUUGCCUCUUCAGAGCUCUUAGUGAUGGAAGUGGAGAUGGAUGUGUACGCCAUGCUGAAAAAGUGGAUGUACUUGCAGCUGCAGCCGGGAUGGAGAGGCCCCCGCAGGGCCUUAUUGCCUGACGCCAACCUGUGGCUUGCCAGGUCCAAGAGGGAUUCAGGAGGCACCCCUUUCCUGGAAACCCAGGAGGGCAGAGCAUUCGUGCCAGUGUUCCAGAAUCUGCGACUGGCCUACCUCAUCUGUGACCUGCCAUCAACACGUAUCAUUAACCAGGAUGCACUGAUUCCCGCCGCGUGGCUAACCCCAGUAUACAAAGACCAGUGGCUUGCUGUGGUCCAGGCCGAGCAAAGCAUGGGAGUUGGGCCAACCGACAUCCAUGUGCCCAACUUCCCUGUGUACAGCAUGAGGUGUGGGCACCACAUCCCUAAGGAAGUGCGGUGCAGCUGGCAGUGGGCCAGCCUUAGCAUUGGCUGGGACCUGGUGGUGUGCUACACCAACCGGCGAAUCAUCUUCAAGCGCAGUGCCAAGAACAAGUCCCAUGGCCUCGGUAUCAGCUUACUGUGGCAGAGAAAGGUUGCCUUCCGCCUGUGUGUGGUUUCCUUGGACAUCACUGGAAGAGCCACCUUCAGGAAGAGCACAGAAUACCAGGUGCUUUCCCCGGGAAGAGAUGAAGAGCUGGAGGUAGUGAACCUGGAGAACCAAGAUGUGGUCUUCCCCAUAUAUGUGGCCUGUAACUUCCUGUACAUCCCCAGAGAGGGGCUCGACCCAGAGUGA